CCAAGGCAAAAAGAUUUGGGAAGUGCUGUGUACUCAUUCUUUUCUUUUGUCUUUGAUUUUUUUUUUUAAAAAAGAUUGUGCGCAGAUCAUUAUUAUUUUUUUUUUUGGGAAGGAAAAAAUUAUGUAUAUGAUCCCCUUUCCUUUCUGGGACACUAACCUCAAAAAUCUCUUGAUAUAUUGCUGACCGCAUCCACUGAAUUGGAAGUACUUUUUAGUCCUGGGAAGAAGAUACCAGAAGCCAGAGGAGGAGAAGGUUGAAGCUUUGAAGGAGUUACUGUUGAGGGAAGAAAUGGGGUUUUGGAGUAGGAGAAUGAUGUGUGUUGGGCUGCUGGUGCUAUUGUCGGCGUCAUUCUGUGCCUCUGAUACUGACCCUUUUGAUGUUAUGGCAAUAAAUGGCUUGUACUUAUCUUUAGGAUCUCCACCUCUAACUGGGUGGGUUCCUGUUGGAGGAGAUCCAUGUGGGGAAGAGUGGCAAGGUGUUAAUUGUGUCUUCGCGAACAUAACUGAACUACGACUUAAUAGCAUGGAUCUUGGAGGUACUUUGGAUGGUAGUAUAGUAAACUUCGAAUCCAUCAUAUUAUUCAGGGAUCUGAGUGACAAUCACAUUGGAGGGAGUAUUCCACUGACCUUGCCCCUUACCCUCAGGAACUUAUCACUUUCAGGCAAUCAGUUUAAUGGAAGCAUCCCUAACUUGUCCACGUUAAGUGAGCUCUUGGAUUUGUCUCUGAAUGAUAAUCAUCUAAGUGAUGGAAUACCAGACUCCUUUCAACAGCUUAACGGUUUAAUAAAUUUGGAUCUGUCAGGAAACAAUUUGAGUGGUCAGCUGCCUCCCUCAUUUAGGAACUUGUCAUCUCUUAACAUGCUGCACUUGCAGAACAACAAACUUUCUGGGAAGCUUGAUCUGCUACAGGAUCUUCCCCUUUUGGACUUGAAUGUAGAGAACAAUCUAUUUUCAGGUCCUAUACCUCCAAAGUUGCUGACUAUUCCAAAUUUUAGAAAAGAUGGAAAUCCCUUUAAUACCACUAUCCUUGCACCACCACCAGUUGCACCACCUCCAUUUGGAGCUGGGGCCCCUUUCUUGCCUCCUGCUCCUGGUCAAGGACAUGGAGGUCAGACAAAUGGAUCUUCCAAGCUAGAGCCAACCCAGUCAGAAAAAGGAAGAAACUUUUGGACAAACAAGCGUAGGCUCACCUGGAUUGUUGUUUCUGGGGUUCUAGCCCUUGUUGUAUUAGGGGUGUGUCUUUUGGUGUGGAGAUGUUCUAAAGGUAGAAAAGCUAAUGAAAAUGAUGAGAAGCAUGGUAUGGAUGCACUUCAGGAACCUACAGGGAAGCCUGGUCACAGCAAUAAAUCUUCAUUUCAACCUACUGUUCAAAUUAAGGAGGACAUUGGAAGAAUGGCACCAAGUCUUAAACUGGAGGAUGAGUAUGUGAUAGAUGUGAUGAAAAUGCCUACAAGUCAAAGGCAUAAAAAAGAUCACGAGAUUGAUAUGAAUUCCAUGGCCCAGCAAUCAAUAGUUCCUGCUCCACCUGUUGAAGGGGUUAAUGUUAACCCAGUUGUGCCAGCAGUUGUAAAAAGAGGUGGUCAUGCUUCUACAAGUCAGAAAUCUGCAUUUUCCACUAGCGUUUUCACCAUUGCAUCACUUCAGCAGUAUACAAAUAGCUUUUCUGAAGACAAUUUUAUUGGAGAAGGCAUGCUUGGUAGCGUUUAUAGGGCUGAGCUUCCUGAUGGAAAGCUACUUGCCAUCAAGAAAUUGGAUAGUAAAGCUUCUGGGUGGUGGAACGAAGAGGACUUCUUACAACUGAUUUCUAAUAUCUCCAAACUUAAACAUCCUAAUAUCUUGGAGCUUGUGGGUUACUGUAAUGAGCAUGGUCAACAGCUGCUUGUGUACGAGUAUUGUGGCCAUGGGUCGCUUUAUGAUGCAUUGCAUAUGGAUGAUGAAAUUCAUAGAAAACUUUCCUGGGAUGCACGUGUCCGGGUGGCACUUGGAGCUGCAAGAGCCUUACAGUAUCUGCAUGAGGUCUGCCAGCCACCCAUCAUGCAUAGGAAUCUUAAGUCUUCAAAUGUUCUUCUUGAUGACAAGUUUGCAGCACAUAUCUCAGACUUCAUCUUGGCUCCUUUGUCUAGUUCUGUAGAUCAGUUAUCAGGUAGCCUCAUAUCUUCUGGUUAUGGAGCCCCAGAACUUGAGCUAGGAAGUUAUACUUGCCAGAGUGAUGUCUAUAGCCUUGGAAUUGUAAUGUUAGAACUCCUCACAGCGCGAAAACCAUUUGAUAGGUCACGGUCUCGAGGGGAGCAAUCUCUAGUUGGAUGGGCAAUUCCCAAGCUUCAUGAUAUCGAUGCGUUAUCCAAGAUGGUUGAUCCUUCUCUAAAUGGAGCAUAUCCAGUAAAAUCACUCUCUCGUUUUGCAGAUAUAAUAUCUCGAUGUGUGCAGUGGGAGCCAGGAUUCCGACCACCAAUCUCCGAAAUUGUCCAAGACCUUUUACACAUGAUUUAGAGCAAAAACUUAAGAACCGUCAAAACUGCUGGUCCGAGCAUGAAUAGGAGAAUUUUGAUUUGAAGCCUGUUAUAUAUAUAUAUAUAUAUAUAUACCGCAAGCCCGCGACAUUCUUUUCCACGCCUCUCCUGUUCUGUUUCUUCUUUUCACUGAGAGUGAUGAGUUCUGCUGCUCGCGAACGUAAAUGCUUGGUUUUGAAGGGUGAUUGAGGUGUGUUAAUGUUGUUUUGUCGGUGUGAGAUGUCGGAUGGUGCCAAACCACAAUCAAAUGAUUACUUUCUUGUUUUUGUCCUGAGUAAGAAUAAUUAGCACAUGAAUGAAGAAGAAGAAGAACCCACAUGGAUAAAGCUGUGUAGUCAACUGCAAAAUUCCAGAAUUAAGCCAUAAACAAAAGGAAAUGCAUGACUUCUCCUUACUUUCCCACAUGAGUUCUGUCAUGACCCAAUCCGGAACUGAGUUCCAACCUGAGUCCCAAUUCUUUUUCUAUUAAUAGAACAUCUUAUUAUCU